AUGUUUAAACCUUCCAAUGCUAAAGUAAGUACAAGUUCCUUCUGUUCAUAUCUAUAUCUUCCUGUUUCUAUCUAUCUAUCUAUCUAUCUAUCUAUCUAUCUAUCUAUCUAUCUAUCUGUUAUGGAGCUGCUCAUAUCUAUCUGUAUAUCUUUCUAUCUAUAUUUAUAUCCCUGUCUUUCUAUCUGUUUCUAUCUAUCUAUCUAUAUUAUUAUUGUACCAACAGUUCAUAUCUAUCUAUCUAUCUAUCUAUCUAUCUAUCUAUCUAUCUUAGGCUCUUACUUUCUUCUAUCUAUCUCAGUAUAUCUAUCUAUGUAUGUUUAUUUAUCUAUCUUAGUCUGCUUAUCUCAGUCCAUCUAUCUAUCUAAGUCUGCUCAUAUCUAUCUAUGCCUAUUUCUUUCUUUAACUCUUCUCUUUCUUUUUUCUUUCAUUCAUUCUUUUUCUUUCUUUCUUUUUCUUCCUUUCUUUUUUUCUUUCAUUCUUUUUCGUUCUGUCAAUCAUCUUCUUUCUUUUCUCUUCUAUUCUUUCUUCUUCUUUCUUUCUCUUUCUUUCAUUCUUUUUCUUUCUCCUUCCUCCAAUCUUUUUCUUCCAUUCAUUCCUUUUCUUUCUUUCUCUUCCUUUAUUAUUAUUUCUUUUCUUCAUUCUUUUUUCUUUUCUUUCUUUUUUCACUCUUCUUUUUCUUUCAUUCUUAAACUCUUUCUUUUUCUUUCUUAUAAUUCUCUUUCUUUCUUAACCUCUUCUCUUUCUUCAUUCCUUUAUUAA